CUCCCGGGCGGUUCCUUCUGGUAAGAAGCACAAACACACCCAGGCUGUGCAGGCGUCGGCGCUGACGUGGGUUUGAUUUAGAGCUGCUGCCAGUUCCUGAUUCCUGGGCUGCCGAGCGCCCUGCAGGCUAACGUCAGCGAGCGACAGAGCCCGGUGCGGGACACCCGGGCCGACCCCCCACCCCCCAGGCACCAUGACGCCCGGAGCCCUGAGCCUGACUCUCCUGCUGCUGCUGGCCACAGGCACAGCACAGGGCACCAGCACCAGCAACCCUAUCACAACCACUGGGCAGACCAGUGACAUGGCAACCACCCCGUCCCCCAGCAACGCGACCACCCCGUCCCCCAGCAACACGACCACCCCGUCCCCCAGCAACGUGACCACCCCGUCCCCCAGCAACUCAACCACCCCAUCCCAUAGCAACUCAACCACUCCAUCCCACANCAACACGACCACCCCGUCCCCCAGCAAUGCAACCACCCCGUCCCCCAGUACAACCCCAGGCCAGAUCCAUUUUUAUCUGUCAUUCCGCAUUGUGAACAAGAUCUACAACGACUCCCUUGGGAACCCCAGUUCCAGUUACUACCAGGAGCUGAAACUCACAAUCACAGCCCUG